AUGGCCGGAUCAAGCGCAUCGAUCUCUGAGAGGAAUCUCUACCUCGAACACCAUCAAAAGUUUCAAUCCACUCCGGUACCCCAAAGUGAGGAAGAAUGGCUUUUACGAGCAACAGAAAUCUCUCAGAUAUUCUCUAAAGAUGCCGCAAAAAGAGAUAUUGACAAUAAAUCGCCUCUUGAUGAAGUAUUAUUGUUGAAAUCAUCGGGAUUACUCAAAUUAUUGGGUCCAAAGCAAUAUGGUGGCGGUGAGCAAUCUUGGGAUGUCGCAUACAAAGCGAUCAGGGAAGUAGCUAAAGGUGACGGAUCUUUGGGUGCCGUCAAUCCAAGAGAUUCCGAUUUGAGCAUUAAAUCUGAUGGUGAUAACAUUGUAUUCAACGGCCAGAAACACUUCAAUACUGGUGGGGUCGUAUCUGACAUGACAAUUCUCGAGGGUGUGCUUGAGGGAACUGAUAAACAUAUCUUUGCCGCUGUGCCGACAAGACAGCCCGGUAUUAAAUUUGCCCACAAUUGGAACAACAUUGGUCUAAGACUCACGGAAUCCGGUAGCGUGAAGAUUGAAAAUGUUAGAGUUCCAUGGGCGGAUGCGUUAGGUUGGGAUACCCAAACGAGGGAACCGCUUCCUGAAAUCCUCAAUAUCCCCUUCGCUACCCUACUCCUUCCCACCAUUCAAUUAGUUUUCGCAAACUUUUAUAUCGGUAUUUCUCUCGGUGCUAUCGAAUCAGCGGCAAAGUAUACGACAACAUAUACUAGAGCGUGGCCUUUUGGGGGAGACAAUAAGGAUAGUCCUACAGAGGAGUGGUACAUUCUCGAGCGAUACGGCACGUUCCACGCACAUCUAUCGGCGGUUGUAGCUCUAGCAGAUUCAACCGGUGAGAUGGUAACGGGAAUAUAUGCGAAACAUCAAGAAAAACGUUCAGUCUCUGCACGGGAACGUGGUGAGCUGGCUGAAGCUGUUGCAGCGGUGAAAGUAGUUGCAACUGAUGUCGGGUUGAAAGUGACAAGCGGGGUAUUUGAAAUGACUGGAGCAAGAGCAACUAGUAAAAAUGUCGGAUUGGAUCGUUUUUGGCGUGAUAUUAGAACGCAUAGUCUUCAUGACCCUGUUGCUUACAAGAAGAGGGAGCUUGGGAGGUGGGCAUUAUUGGGAGAAAUUCCGGAACCAACUUGUGCCAGUUCUGUUGACCUUACCUCACCUCAAACCCCCUCAAUACCCGGACAUUUAGAUCUCCCCUCACCACAUAUCACAUACGCAAUCAUGACUGUAGUCGAAGCUGUAAAGUCAGCAAUUGGACUUUCUGGUGCUCCAUCUACCACCGCAACUCGAGAACAAAUGAGCGAAGCCCGAUUACCUAUUGCAUAUCGUGAUGGAUGUGCUGGUCUAUUGAUUCCGCUCAAUCGUUGUCGGCAGGAGGAGUAUUAUCUUCCAUGGAAGUGUGAGCAAGAAAGACAUUCCUACGAAAAAUGCCAAUACGAGGAAUUCAAGAAGAGAGUUGCGAAGAUGGACGAAUUGAGAGAGGCAAAAGGUGGUGCAAGAAGCAAUUGA